UUGAUUCUAUUAUAAAAAAUAAAACCCCCUUGAACUAGGUGCUUUUGAAUUUCGAAAGGGGAAUGAGACCGUUGGAAAGGCCAACUGACCAAGUCUGUGACUCAAGGUCUCAAUUCUCAAGUCUUCCACAUCUCUGAUCUCCUCCAUCUCCCGGAGAAAGAACAAAGAGAGAACACCAAGCUCUCUUCCAGCUAAGCCAUUUUUGGAAACUCAGAUUUCCAGAAACAUGAUCGCACUCACCAUGAGGCGCCACGGCUGGCAGCGCCCUCUCCACCCUCUCCAGUUCGUGGGAAUGGCUAUCUACAGCUUCCUCGUUGUGACCUUCUACUCGUUUCUCGGACUCCUACUGGGAAACAGAGUCGCCGAAACAACUGUCACAACGAUCUUCUCCGUCGCGGUAACGAAUCUCUUCGCGGUUUCGGUCAUGUUGCUUUUUAUUAGGUGUACGGCCAUCGACCCGAGUGACAGAACCAGCUGCAGAAAGAGGAAGCGAGCGAAAUCGAAAGAUGGUGGGCUGCCGAAAUUGAGAUAUGGAUUCCUUUUUGGGCAGAUGGUGAAGAGGGUUUUCAGGAGGGUGGAGAGGAAGAUCCUCAGGACUUUCAUCAGGAGGAAGUACUUAGAUCCGCUCAAGGUCGCCGCUCAAAUGGAACCAUUGCUUCCUUUCCCUCUCGUAAUGAAGGACGAUGCUGCUGUUUCCCCCGAUUCCAAGCUCGAUGACAUAUCUUAUUGUUCCCUGUGUGAUUUCCAGGUGAAGAAACACAGCAAGCAUUGCAGGACCUGCAACAGGUGUGUUGAAGGAUUUGACCAUCAUUGCAGGUGGCUGAACAACUGCAUAGGCAAAAGGAACUAUACCACAUUUUUCAUGCUCAUGACAUUUAUCUUGUUAAUGUUAAUUAUUGAAGGAGGAACCGCCGUCGCCAUAUUUAUCAGGUGCUUCACUGACAAGAAAGGAAUGGAAAUGGAACUUCAGACAAGGCUGCAUAUGGAGUUUCCAAGGGCUGUUUUGGCUACAAUUGCGGUUCUGCUGGUGUUAAUGACAGCUUAUAGUUCAGCAGCGAUGGGCCAACUCUUCUUCUUUCAUGUGGUUCUCAUCCGCAAGGGAAUGAGAACAUACGACUACAUCCUGGCUAUGAAGGAGGUGAGUGAAUUAGUGGAAUCGGAAGAUGACCCAUUUGAUGAUGAUUCAGAUUUCUCUUCAGAUUCUGAUUAUGAUUCACCCCAAAGGCCAAAGUUCAUUUCCAAACUCAUCUGUGGACAACAUCAAGGAACUCAGAAUCCAAGAAGGUUGUCCAUCAAAAUAGACAAGGUCCCUGAGCCGUCCAGCUUGAACAAAAAACAAGGCUUCCAUGUAAGCAUCAAUCCGUGGAAACUGCUGAAGAUGAGCAGAGAAAAAGCUGUGCUUGCUGCUGAGAAAGCCAAAGAAAGGCUCAGGAAACAGAAGCCAGUGGAUCACCAAGAUGAAGAAGAUUCUUUGAGGCCAUUACCGCAGGAAACAAAAUGUGGUCCAUCCAUGAAACCAGACAGGAACAUGACUUCUUCUGCUGCCCCACUCAUUCCUAAAGCCACGACGGUCAUCGCGUCUUCAUCGCCACGAAGGAUUUCGAGUCCAAGAAGGCGGUUUUCAGGUUCUCCAGGCGUGUUCACAGCGGCGGCAGCAGCAGCAGCAGGAAUUGUUCCAUCUCCAAGGCAAAAGAAAUACAGAAGCAGCUUUGACUUGAAGCUGACAGAGGUUUCCAGGGAGCUUGAGACCUAUAUUUCCAAACAGGUCUUGUGUUCUGUUAUCAAGAAAGAUGCUUCUGAGGCAUCCCCAAGCUGAAGAUAUAUUAUGAUUUUCAUCAGACUCAACUGAUGUUUGGCCGUCUCAGGCUUUGAGAAGGAAAAACAAAUUAUUCUUAGAUCAGAAGUAUUUAAUUUCUGGAUUUGUACUUUCCGUUGGACUUGUGUUCCAAUUGAACAUGUAAACAACUCAAAUGUUGUAAGGGUAUACGAAUGGUCCUAAAAACAGAAUAGGCCGGCAUCUUGUGGACUUGAAGGGGAGGAUGGUACCUUCUUAGUUUCUGGAAUUGGUUGAUAAUGCCAAAAGCAAUGGAACCGCAGUUUGAUUCCAGUACAUAUUCGAUUGUCCGAACUGUCAGAUGUGGCCACGUGUACUUGAUUGGGAAUCUCAAUUGGAAAUGGGAAGUUGCAAGGCAUGCUUUUUUCUUCCUCAUGAAUUGAACAACAUGAAUGGGCAAUGCCAGCUUUGGCAUUGCUGACAAAUAGCUUUGGCAUUGAGAGGUGAAAGAUACAACGACAGCUGAAGUCUUUGGAUUAAUUGAGCAAAAUGAAGACACAAAAGAAUCACUGGACUUAUUUGCUACUGCACAACAUGAUGAUACAGCAAAACUCACUUCCCCACAAAGCCCACUAACUUAGGCCAAAUUCCAUUCCCAAACUUUUCAUAUCAUACCUCUGGCCACCAAUUUCCUCUGCAAGGCAAAUGAACAGCUAUGUUGAGAAUUGACAAGAAGCAACUCGAGCUUGAACCGGAGAAGCUAACUGGUAACUUAACUUACCAAGACAGCCACUGUUUGCCUCUAUUUAGUCUGCUACUCGAGUUCUGUGAGUAGAUAUUAUAACAAUCAGACCAGUGAUCGGGAAAGAUUUCCUCCCUGAGAAGCUUACAAGCUUUUGGGGUGACCAAAUCUGAAUAGCCUGCAAUGUGAGCGCAGUCCCAUGGAGGCUUAGAUGUCACACUUAGGGUGAUAUUCAACAGGCAGAUGUCUAGAAACGUGUCUCCUUCGAUACCCUCCAGAACUCCUGCGUGUGUAAUGUUAUCUCCUCUCACAUUCUCGAUGGUUAUACGUUCAACUACAGGUAGUGCAUUCGGAUCAUAGUCGUCAUCAGGAUGCUCCCCAUAGUGACCAGUUAACCUUAUGGUUGCAUUUACAUUGGUCAAGGUCAUGUUUGCUAUGUGGAUGUUUUUGACAUAGCCACCCCUUCCAGGCGAAGUCUUUAUCCUUAUGGCUGAGUUGGUACCAAAGAAGUGGAGAUCUUGUGCAUGAACCUCUGAUACCCCUCCAGACAUCUCGCUGCCUAUUGCAAUUCCUGCACUCGAUCGACUUUGUCCAACAAGCCGGUGAAUGCGAAUGUUCUUGCAAGGGCGACCAUAUGAUAUACCAUACUCAUCCCACCCACUUUUAAUGGCAAUUAGGUCAUCACCAGUACUAAUGUAGCAGUCCUCAAUGCAAACAUCGCUAGAAGAAUCUGAAUGCAUAUUUAAAACCCACAAUAAGAGUAAUCCCAAGAAAGUUAUAGAACUAGUGUGGUUGAAAGAUAGAGACAUGAUGGAUUAACAAUAUAGUGAAGCAAGUAUAUUAUUUGCAAAGUCGGAAAGAAAAAUAUGAGGCCUAAUCAGGUAAGUAGAGACAGUCACCUGGAUCAACUCCAU